AACACGUAUUAUUACUACUAAAAUUGGAAUUGGUAAUACCAACUACAUUCUCCCUCGUCAUCUCAAAAAGAAGCAAACAAGCCUCUGCUUGUUUGUUCUCUUUUGCCUACUGUACUAAUCACUAAUCACUUUCUCUGCCACGCUCUGAUUCAAAUCUUAUUCUUAACACAGCUGAUUAAAGAGAAGAGUUGGGAUGGGAAAGAAACUUGAUGCUCUGUUUGGAAGAAACUUCAAGUCCUACAAGUUCAAGCCACAAGUCAAUCUUGCCAUUUCUCGCCUUGCCGUCCUCAAGAACCAGCGCCAAGUCAAGUGCAACCAGGCCCGCUCCGAUGUCGUUCAACUCCUCCAACAAGGCCACCAAGAACGUGCUCUCCUUCGAGUUGAGCAUGUGAUCAAAGAGCGAAACAUGUUGGAUGCUUUCAUUAUGAUGGAAAGCUACUGCAAUCUACUUAUAGAAAGGGUUCACCUCAUUGAACAAGACAAAGAGUGUCCCAUUGAAUUGAGGGAGCCAAUAUCGACCUUGCUGUUUGCAGCUUCGAGAUGUGGAGAGUUCCCAGAGCUUCAAGAAAUUCGCGCGUUGUUCACGUCUCGCUAUGGCAAGGAAUUUGUGAAUCGUGCUAUUGAAUUGCGCAACAAUUGUGCAGUGAACGCCAGGAUGAUACAAAAGCUGUCAACCCGUCAGCCAGAGCUGGAGAACAGAAUGAAAGUGCUCAAGGAGAUUGCCACCGAGAAUGGCAUUGUUCUGCAACUUGAAGAUACCUCUUCUAUUUCCAGUGAGGAAAUCUUGGAUGUAAGCAAGAAGCAAAACCAGACUGAGCCGAAAACAUCAACUAAUUUAUCUCCCACUAGGCCAGGCGAUCAUUCACAAAAUUCUCCUAAUAAUCUCCGAGAAGAUGAUGAGUUCUCUGAUUCAAUGAAGGCAGGGAAGAAGUACAAGGAUGUUGCCGAUGCGGCUCAGGCAGCUUUUGAGUCAGCUGCUCAUGCAGCGGCGGCUGCAAGAGCAGCUGUGGAACUCUCAAGAUCUGAAUUCCAUGAUCCAGAUGAUCACAGUGGUCCCAGUACUUGGCAAAGAAGAGAAACUGGAAGAGAUGAUCCUGUAAAACUUGAAUCUGAAUCUAAAAUUGAGGAAAUUCUUGGUGAAAGCAAAGCUGCAGAAUCAAAACACAGCGAGAAUGGAGCAGAACUUGAGAGUUCAAUUUCUAGUUCAAGUUCAGAUUUAACAGAAGAAAAAUUAAAGGUGACUACAAUGUCCACUGAAGUGGACCCUGAGACUCUGAAGUUACUAGAGAAGGAUAUAGAUUUUGACAACAGUGACAGCGAGGGCUCGGUUAUUUCUCAUAGGCAGAUCCGUUCAAGCUCUCAAGCUAGUCUGAAAGUGGAGAGUGGACAAUCCAGUGCACAUGCAGCUGAAGAAUCUGUGUUGCAAACUAAACAGCAUUUAGACAUGGCGACUCGCCCAAUGUCAGUUAGGACCAGAUUCACCAGACAAGUGCGCGGGUACUAAAAUGUGUGUAAGUCUUGAGACUUGUGUAGUCAUGGCCUAGGCUGAUAAGCUAAACUGCCUUUUCUUUUUCAUUUUUCUCCCAUUAAAUUUUGAAAAAGUUGAACUGUGUAAUUGAUUUGGAAUGUAAGUGAGUGCUGAAAUUUUUUGUGUGUUAA